AUGACUGCUAAGAAUAAACAAGAAGAAGCAAAAAAGGAAAAGACUGAACCAGUAGCUGCUCCUAAUGAUGAUUUGUCGGAAGAAGACAAACGCCUCCAAGAGGAACUCAAUAUGCUUGUGGAAAAACUUGUGGGAAAUGAAGUUGACUUAUACUUUCCUGCUUUACAAAUGUUAACUAAUCUAAUACGUACAUCAACUACUUCAAUGACUUCUGUACCUAAACCCCUAAAGUUUUUGAGAGAACACUAUCCAGCAUUAAAAGAAAUCUAUGAAAAGAUACAGGAUCCUAAAACUAAAAAAUUUUGUGCUGAUGUGGUAUCAGUAUUAGCAAUGGGUGUCAGUGGAACUCUUGAUGUUGCAGAGAAGAGGGAAUGUCUUAAGUAUUGUUUACUAGGAACAAUGGCUAAUGUUGGCGAAUGGGGGCAUGAAUAUGUUAGGCAACUUGAAGGGGAAAUAUCUGAGGAAUGGAAUGUAGAAAAUAUGGACAGUUUGUUACCUCUGGUCCGAGAUGUAAUUGCUUUUGAUAUGAAACACUCAGCUGAAAUUCAGGCCUGUGACUUACUUAUGGAAAUUGAUCGUUUAGAUCUUCUCACACAACACAUGGAUCAAAGCAACUAUCCUCGAGUUUGCUUAUAUUUGAUUGGAUGUGCAAGUUAUGUGGUUGAACCUGAGUCAACUCAAAUACUCCAAGGAGUGCUGGAAACAUAUUUGAAGUUUGGAGAGUACCCAAGAGCCUUAUUGGUUGCUAUGCAAUUGCAUGAUAAGGCUAAAUGUGAGGAAGUUUUUAAUUCCUGUAAUGACCUGUUGGUCAAAAAACAAUUAUGCUACAUGCUUGCUCGACAGUAUGUACCUUUAGACUUGGAUGAUGAAGAUCUAAGAACAAUCCUACUCAAUGCCCACAUCAAUGAUCACUUUCUGAGUUUGGGAAGAGAGCUUGAUAUCAUGGAACCAAAAACACCAGAAGAGGUAUACAAAACCUGGUUGGAAUCAGCUGGAUCUGCUCUCAGACCAUCACUACUAGCUGAUCACCCUGUUGACUCAGCUCGUCAGAACUUAUCUGCAACAUUUGUCAAUGCAUUUGUUAAUGCUGGGUUUGGCAGAGAUAAGUUGGUUACGACUGAAGAUGGUAAUAAAUGGAUGUACAAGAACAAAGACCAUGGAAUGUUAUCAGCCGCAGCAUCUCUAGGCAUGAUCCAUUUAUGGGAUGUAGAUGGAGGUCUAACUCCAAUUGACAAAUACCUAUACACAGCUGAUGAACACAUUAAAGCCGGAGCUCUUCUCGCUCUUGGCUUAGUAAAUUGCGGAGUCAGGAAUGAGUGUGAUCCAGCACUAGCUCUGUUGUCGGACUAUGUCCUCCACUCUAGUGCUAACUUGAGAAUCGGCAGUGUUUUAGGUCUGGGCAUAGCGUACGCUGGAACUCAGCGCGAGGACGUCUUGUCUCAUUUAUUGCCAGUUCUAAGCGAUUCCGCGGCGCCGCCUGAGAUCUGUGCACUGGCAGCGGUUUCUUGUGGUCUCAUCGCUGUUGGGUCGUGUAAUGGCGAUGUAACCUGUGCAAUCAUUCAACGUCUAAUCGAUGACAAUAAAGAUCUUCACUCGUCGACCUAUGCGCGCUUCCUGCAUUUAGGUCUCGGCCUAUGCUUUUUGGGUUGCAAAGAGCGUACAGAAGCCACAAUGGCGGCGUUAGAGGUCCUACCAGAACCACAGCAGUCGUUAUGUCAGACAACACUGUCAAUGUGCGCGUACGCAGGCACCGGUGACGUGCUCGUCGUACAACAGAUGCUGCACAUCUGCUCCAAACAUUACGAGACUGAUAAUGAACAAGCAUCCACUGAAGAUACAGCCUUUAAGAAGCAAGAUAAAAAAGAGAACAAAGAAAGCACUAGCAGUGGUAGCGCUUCUGCAAGUAGCUCCAAGGAUGAUAAGAACAAGAGCAAGUCAAAAGACAGUAAGAGCAAAGAGAAAGAGAAGGAGCGUGAAGCAAACAAGGAGUUGUCGUCAGUUCAGGCGGUUGCUACCCUGGGAGUGGCAGUUAUCGCUUUCGCGGAAGAAACUGGCGCUGAAAUGUGCACUAGGAUAUUUGGACAGCUGGGUCGUUACGGAGAGCCAGCAGUUCGACGCGCAGUGCCACUCGCUAUUGCCUUGUGCUCUGUGUCAAACCCACAGUUGGCGGUGAUCGAUGUACUUAACAAGUACUCACACGACUCUGACAAUGACGUCGCCUAUAACGCGAUAUUCGCAAUGGGGCUUGUUGGAGCUGGUACCAACAAUGCCAGACUGGCAACAAUGCUCCGUGCCCUGGCUUUAUACCACAGCAAGUCGCCCGUGCAUUUAUUCAUGGUGCGACUUGCUCAAGGUCUGUGCCACGCAGGCAAAGGUACAGUGACAUUGAGUCCAGCACAUGCGGAUCGCCGUCUAGUCAACCAGCCAGCUCUUGCUGGUCUUCUUGUUGUGCUAACAGCGCUUCUCGACUGCAAAAAUAUUAUCCUUGGCAAGUCACAUUACUUGCUCUUUGUUCUGGCUACUGCAAUGCAGCCCAGGUGGUUAGUUACACUGGAUGAGAAUCUUCAACCCUUGAAUGUCAGUGUUCGUGUUGGACAGGCUGUUGAUGUUAUUGGAAAAGCUGGUACACCCAAAACAAUAGCAGGAUCACACACUCAUACUACACCUGUUCUUUUAUCCUUUGGGGAGAGAGCAGAGCUCGCAACUGAUGAGUACAUACCACUAUCACCGGUUAUGGAAGGUUUUGUAAUCUUGAAGAAAAAUGAGGAUAGCAUAAUGGCUUCAGUUCAGUAA